GGUGGCUAAGAAGGUUGUUGCGAUGGCGGUUUCUCGCGCACUCCGCGACCUGUGGCUGAGGCGACUGGCAGCGCCCACCCAGCUGGGCUUCCACCUCAGCCCUCGCCCCCUGAGCUCCUCCGCACACCAGGCCUCCAAGGCAGCCCCCUCGGAAGCCUCGGACCACAGCUAUGAGUCCCUGCAGGUGACCUCGGCUGGGACACACGUCCUCCACGUGCAGCUGAACAGGCCUGACAAGAGGAAUGCCAUGAACAAGGCCUUCUGGAGGGAGAUGGUGGAAUGCUUCAACAAGAUAGCCAGGGACUCCAACUGCAGGGCUGUGGUGGUCUCGGGUGCAGGAAAAAUGUUCACUUCAGGAAUCGACCUCAUGGAUAUGGCUUCAGAACUGCUGCAGCCCGAGGGAGACGACGUGGCCCGCAUCAGCUGGUACCUCCGUGACCUCAUCACCCAGUACCAGAAGACCUUCAGCGUCAUUGAGAAGUGCCCCAAACCUGUGAUCGCUGCCAUCCACGGCGGGUGCAUUGGUGGAGGUGUGGACCUCGUCACUGCCUGUGACAUCCGCUACUGUGCCCAGGAUGCUUUCUUCCAGGUCAAGGAGGUGGACAUAGGCCUGGCCGCUGAUGUGGGGACGCUGCAGCGGCUGCCCAAAGUCAUUGGGAAUCAGAGCCUGGUCAACGAGCUGGCCUUCACCGCCCGCAAGAUGAUGGCAGACGAGGCGCUGAGCAGUGGCCUGGUCAGCCGCGUGUUCUCGGACAAGGAGGCCAUGCUGGAUGCAGCCUUCGCGCUGGCGGCUGAGGUGUCGAGCAAGAGCCCAGUGGCCGUUCAGAGCACCAAGGUCAACCUGCUCUACUCGCGGGAUCACCCGGUGGACAUGGCGCUGGACUACGUGGCCUCCUGGAACAUGAGCAUGCUGCAGACCCAGGACAUCGUGAAGUCGGUGCAGGCGGCCAUGGAGAAGAAGGACCUGAAGAGCAUCACCUUCUCCAAACUCUGAGCACCAAGCCCGUCUCCAGACCCAGUGCCUGCCUCCUCCUCUAUAAUGGGAGGAUUCAGGACAGGCCUCUAGUGCCUUCUGAGCACUCUCAAGCCUUAUCUUUAUAACCCUCAUUUCUACCCAGGCCCUUAUCUUCACUAAGAACAAUAAAGUUCUGGAGAGAA